UAGAAGGAAGUAUCACACACAAUUACACGAUGAGGUGACACUUCUUGCCCCGCUUUCUCUCCUCUAUCCUAGUUCCGUUGGAAAGUUUUUGAAUUGUUAUGAGGAGAGGAGGUAGGGAUCUCCACCAAUCAAAUCUAUGGACAAUUCUAAGGUUCAAGAGAUCAUAGAGAAGCAAGUAUUGACGGUGGCCAAAGCAGUCGAAGAAAAGAUCGAUGAUGAGAUCCACACCCUAGAUCGCCUCGAUCUCGACGAUAUCAAUGUCCUCAGAGAGUGCUGCCAUCAACAGAUAAAGAAAAUGAAGGAGAAGCAGAGCCGUUGGAUCGCCCUCAGCCAUGGCGAGAACUCCGAGAUCCCCGCCGAAAAGGACAUUUUCUCCGUGGUGAUGGACAAGCACUUGAGUAUAUUGUCAAAGCAGCACAUAGAGACACGUUUCGUGAAAAUACAUGCUGAGAAAAGUCCAUUCUUGGCUGAGAAGCUCAAGAUUGUUGUCCCUCCAACCCUUGCCCUUAUAAAGAGUGCCAAAGUGGACGAUUACGUGGGGUUGGCUAAAGCUCAAGUUAUCUUUUAUGAGGGCGAAUCAUCUCUAAAUCCAUCAAAGUCCAGUGCAAAAUCCAGGAGCGUUAGACAAAGCUCAAAUUCGCACUCUUUAAAUUCAGAUUCUUAGUAAUAUUACAUGGAUUGCCUCUUGUUGUAAUUCCCUUUGCUUUUUGGUGCGAAGAGUCGCUAUGAGGCUUGACGUCAUCAUCCUAUCUUACAUUUAGAGAACUUGACUCCAAGGGCUUUUUCAGGGGCCAUUGGAAGUUGGUAUUAUUUUCAGCUUAUUUUGGUUCGAAAUUCAGUUGGUUAUGUAAGAUCCAUUUUAUCACCUCAAAACCAUCUCUUGGAUGGUUAUCGUGUGUGAUUGUUCCUUUCUAUCAAUUUGAUUUUGCUUCGCAUCUGGGUUACAAAUUUUUGCUUUAAA